ACAGAGGUUUGUGUAUUUACCAGAAGCAAUACAAACAGGAGAUGAAGGCUUGAUAAGGAAAUUAAGGGAAAGGGUGCAACUCAAAUAAACCACGACUAAUGCACCAACGGACCAAUGCACCUCUCUCGUCUCUCUUAAACUCUCACUGGCUGUCACUUGCAGAAAAAGAAACAGAGAGACAGAUGAAAGUCAAGAGAUUUCGAUAUUCUGGCGGCCUUGCAGGAAUGCAUUCCAUGGAUUUCUCAUCAGAUUUGGAUGCAGGACUGCGCACAAAGCCGUCAAAACUCAUAUAGAUUCCUUCUCUUUCACUGAGGUUACAGGUUUCUGGCGCCCUUUCAGAAAAAACAGAGGACUCUUGGAUCAAAAGUAGCACACUCGUCACGCUUGUCAUUUUCCAUUGGAAGGACAACCGCUGCACCAAAGGCAAUUGCAGGUUACGGUGUGCUGUGAACGCCCAGAGGUGGUUCGAAGAUUGUGAUUUGGUGGUGGGAGAUAUGCGAGCCUGUGGUCGACAAGUGAGACUGAGCAUCCACAAACAUCCAAAGCAUAUUCAAAUUGCCUGAGGUGUUCGCUGACUGCACAGUAAGAAGAAGAGGCUAGGACUCAAGUUGUGUGGAAGAUAAGGACGAAUGCAGAUUAAUCUGUUCAAAUCCAAAAAGGACUUUUUCCAUCUUGGAUGAGUGAUAACAAUGCUUUUUGGAGUCCAUUUUUUAGUAAGUACAACCUUGUUUUUCUAGGUUUUGCCAUUGAACUUUCCCAGACCUCUUUUGCCGAGUCACUGACAGAUAUGAAAUAUCAAUGAAGGAGUCGGACCAAACCAUGGAGAACCCCCUGACCUGGGAUUUCGACCAAUCCUGGAAAUCCUUUCUAAAACCUGCCGCACAUCUCUGCCUUAACACAUUGGAUUUCUCAGAUCUCUGGGAUGAAGAAGACAGUACAGAGGACGAAGGAGCCAAUCCAACCAAUGAUCCACCAACAUGUCUCCAAGCUCCUCCGGCACCACCUCCUCUUCCUCCCCCUCUUCUGCCUGCCUCACCUUUGCCUUCGGCCUCCCACAAAGGUGCAACCAUCAAAUGUUGCACCAUGAAACUCCAUUGGAGGGAACUGCAGAGUUUGGCUCCCCUUCCCAGGAUGACCCGCUUUGGGACUCAGACUAUUUGGGCCGGACUCGAGCCAGUCCGUUUGGAUACAAACCGACUGGAGUACUUGUUUGAAUCUAAGGGCAGUAGCACCUGUUUUAACGUUGUUUCUGGGAGGCAGAAGCAGCCAUCAGUCUCUGUGUUGGGGAUGAAGAGGAGUAAUAUCAUAACCAUCGCCAUGAGCAGCCUGCCCCCUCCCCGCCUCCUCCCCCCUGCCAUCUACAGCAUGGACAGCAGUGUGCUGGACAGAGAGGACAUCCAGCGGCUUCAAGCACUUAUCCCAACGGAGGAGGAACUUUGUCUGAUCAAGGAAGCCAAGGCCCAGAACCCCAAGUCCCCUCUGGCCUCCGCCGAGCUCUGCCUGCUCACUUUAGGGGAAAUCACACAUCUGGACACCAGACUACAGCUGUGGUCCUUCGCACUGGACUACGACUCCUUAGAAAGGGAAAUUGCUGAACCUCUCUUCCAUCUGAAGCUAGCCAUGGAGCAGCUCUCGGCCAACCAGACCUUUAGAUGUAUUCUAGCGACAGUUUUAGCAAUCGGCAACUUUCUCAAUGGAUGUAAGGCCCGUGGUUUUGAGCUGAGCUACCUUGGGAAGCUGUCCCAGGUGAGGGAUACACACACUCGCCAGCCACUGCUGCACCACGUCUGUGUGCUCCUGAUGCAGCUCUACCCGCAAUCGUCUGACCUCUACUCCGACAUCACUGCUGUUACUAAAGCUGGAAAAUGCGAAUACUCCCUCGUCCACUCAAACCUCGCUCAGCUAGAGGCGCUGUGCAAAGCAUCAUGGGACCAGCUAAAGACCUUGGACAAGGCGGAUGACAGGAGGAGAGGAGGAAAGUCGGAGAAGAGGAAAGGAGGGGGAAGAGAAGACGAGGCCUCCGUGGCGGACGGCAUGCUCCGAAACAGGCUGCCGAAGAUUUUGAAAGAGUGCGAGGAGCGACUGAAGGUCCUGAGGGCCGUGCAUCGUCGAGUCGUCAACAGGUUCCACUCUUUCCUCUUAUUCCUGGGCUACUCCCGAGCGAUGGUGAGAAACACCAAAGCAGAGGACUUCUGCAAAACCAUCAGUAACUUCUCUUUGGAGUACAGGACGACCAGGCAGUCCAUCCUUCUGAAAAAAGAGCGGGAACGACACAAUAGUGGAGCGGAAAGCCCGGGCCCUAACACUCCGACAGCUAGAAGGAAACGCCAACAAAUCCCAACACAGGAAAACGAGGAGCAGUGCAGGCUGGAGGAGGUGCUGAGAACACCUGAGUCCAUCCCAAGACGUGACGCCACUCUGCCGAGAAACCGCAGGAGGUUGGCCGACAUUCAAGGUCCAUUUUCACGGAAAAUGAAGUGGUGAAUCUGCUGAUAUACCUUAGUACCUAGUCACUGGUGCUAUUGAAAAAAAAAGUGUGUGCUUUUUAUUUAUGACAUUUUUGUUUAAAGUUCCAAUAUUGUAGCAAACUUAUCAGUCAGAAAACGGACAAAUGCAUGCUAUUUAACAUGCCAUUGUUACAACCCGGCUCUUACGCUGGAAAUGGUGUAGAAGAUGAGAUAUAUCAGAAUAACACCUAAUGUAUUUACAAUGUAAUGAAAUAGUGAGUGUCUGGAGAGCGGUGUGAGAACAAAAGGAGAGAGAACGUCUGGAGAGGAGGAA